AUGGCUCGCGGCGUCUCUGGAGGGGAGCGACGUCGUGUGACCACUGGAGAAAUGGUAUUUGGCGCGAAAUGUAUCGUCUUGAUGGACGAGAUCAGCACUGGACUCGACAGUGCCACAACGUUCAACAUCGUUUGA